AUGUAUAUGUUGAGGAAGGACGCUCGCAUCUGGUGGGAUAUUGCUAGGAAGGGGCAUGACGGUGGACAGAUGGAAUGGGCAGAAUUCCUGAUCCUGUUCAAUGCCAAGUACUACAACCAGACGGUGAUAGAUUGGAAGGUUGUUGAGUUUGCCAACCUAGUCCAAGGGUCAUCUAGCGUACAAGAGUACGUGCGCAAGUUUAACCAACUCUCAAGAUUUGCUCCAGAUCUGGGAGAUAAAGGUUAUGGGACUUCCGACAUGGUUUCAGGUCAGCUUCCUGUGGUUAAUAACUCAACAUAUGCAUUGAUGGACACUGGUGCAUCCCAUUCUUUUAUUACUGUAUCUUAUGUUGAUAAGAUAGAUAGGAAGCUUGAGCCUAUGGCAAAUGUAUGUUGUGUAUCCUUACCUUCGGGGGAGGAUAUGAUGGUACGGUCUUGGCUUAGAGUCAUACCAUUCUGGGUAGAAGGUCGGGAGUUGACCGUGGAUUUGCUAGUUUUAGAUUUACAUGAGUACAAUGUUAUUUUUGGUAUGAAUCGGCUAACCAAAUAUGGGGUGGUGGUGAAUGGCAAACGAAGAAAGGAGACUUUUAACCCACCUGGGGAAGAAACCGCUAGGAAAUUACUGGACGAUGGAUGUAUCAGCUACCUGGCGAACGUAAUAGAUGAGGAUAGGGAGUCUAAGCUACAACCAACUGAGGUAGCAGUGGUGUGCAAAUUUCCGAAAGUGUUUCCCGAGGAUCUUCUAGGGAUACCCCCGGACCAAGAAGUCAAGUUCGAGAUUGAGUUGAUUCAAGGCAUCACAUCUAUUUCAAUGGCACCAUACCGGAUGGAACCAGUAGAGCUUAAAGAACUGCAAGCACAAUUACAAGAAUACCUGGAUAAAGGAUUUGUACGACCAAGGAUCAUCAUUAUUAUCGAAGAUCGACUUGAGAUCCUGAUACCACCAGUUGAAGGUCAAGGAAUCGGAUAUUCCCAAGAUCAAAUUUCGAACUCGGGACAACACGCUCAACACCUAGAAUUAAUCUUACAGCGAUUGCAUGAGAAAAAGUUGUACGCCAAGUUCUCCAAGUGCGAAUUCUGGUUGACUCAAGUGAGUUUUCUAGGACACGUUGUGUCGAGAGACGGGAUUGCAGUCGAUCCAGCGAAAAUCAAGGUUGUGAAACAAUGGAAAGCCCCAAAGAAUGCACAAGAGAUAGCUCCACUGAGAGGAGCUAUGAGGUUCGGGAAAAAGAGCAAGUUGAGCCCUAGGUACGUAAGACCGUUUGAGGUUCUAGAACGCAUUGGAAAGGCGGCUUACCGACUAGCCCUUCUGCCCGCGUUCUCUAGAAUUCACGAUGUAUUCCAUGUGUCAACCUUAAGGAAGUACGUGAACGACCCCACUCAUGUGCUAAUUUACGAUGAACUUAGCAUAGAUCCUCAGUAG